GCUUGCUACCCUGUGCCCGUCUUUCAUCCCCUUUGUUUACUGUUACCCGAAACCCGCUACGCCGCAUAACCACCACACUCAACAUGGAGACCGAUCCCGGAUUCAUCGCCGCUGUCGAGGAAGCCAAGCUGGGUGCUGCCGAGGGUGGAGUGCCCAUUGGAGCUGCUUUGGUCUCCAAGGACGGCAAGAUCCUGGGCCGCGGUCACAAUAUGCGUGUCCAGAAGGGCAGCGCGGUCUUGCAUGCCGAGAUGUCCGCGCUCGAGAACUCCGGUCGUCUGCCCGCCUCCGCUUACGAAGGUGCCACCAUGUACACCACCCUCUCGCCUUGCGACAUGUGCACUGGUGCCUGUAUACUCUACAAGGUGAAGCGCGUGGUGGUCGGCGAGAACAAGAGCUUCAUGGGCGGGGAGGAGUAUCUCAAGAGCCGCGGCAAGGAAGUCGUGGUCUUGGAUAAUGAGGAGUGCAAGCAGCUGAUGGAGAAGUUUAUGAAGGAACAGCCCGCGCUUUGGAACGAGGACAUUGCCGAAUAAAUUUUGGCUACAAAGAUCGGGCAUACUGCCAGUCAGAGUGCCGACCUCCUAUGAAUAUUCAGAAACCGCAAGCAAUAACGGCCAUGCUGAGCACCACUUUACACCGUCAGGCGGUGGAUCUCCUCAAAGAAGAACUUGAGAUCAUCCGGGUUGACAAAAGGAGUCACACC